UACUCUAAUCUGAGCCCAAAACAUAAAGAAAAAGGGCAGGUGUAGGCAGUUUUCCACAGUAGAAAUAGAAAGCAAUUAAAUCGACUGGAGCUGUCUUCCCCACUGAGUCAGGCUUCGAGCGAGAAGAUCUGGAUGAGAUGGCGAGUGGGAGCGGGUAUGGGGGUCCGAAUCAGAAAAUUGACUAUGUAUUCAAGGUGGUGCUCAUUGGAGAUUCCGCAGUCGGUAAGUCGCAGAUCCUUUCCCGGUUUGCCAGGAACGAGUUCAGCUUAGAUUCAAAAGCCACCAUUGGAGUAGAGUUCCAAACUAGGACUCUUGUCAUUGACCACAAGUCUGUGAAAGCGCAGAUAUGGGACACUGCUGGCCAAGAAAGAUACAGAGCAGUCACAAGUGCUUACUACAGAGGUGCUGUUGGGGCCUUGUUGGUAUAUGAUAUAACCAAACGACAGACAUUUGAGCAUAUCCCUCGAUGGCUUGAAGAGUUGAGAAACCAUGCUGACAAUAAUAUUGUUAUUAUGCUGGUAGGCAACAAAUGUGAUCUUGCCAACCUUCGUGCAGUGCAGACAGAGGAUGCUAAAGAAUUUGCUCAAAAGGAGGGUUUGUUCUUUUUAGAAACAUCAGCAUUGGAAGCAACAAAUGUUGAGAGUGCAUUCUUAACUGUGUUGACAGAGAUUUUCAGGGUAGUCAGUAAGAAAGCCCUUAUUGCAAAUCAAGGUCAAGGUAAUGGAAAUGCAUCAUCUCUAUCAGGGACUAAAAUAGUUGUUCCAGGGCCAGAGCAGGAGACUGGUGCAAAAAAGAAAAUCUGUUGUACAUCAGCAUAAUUUUUUCAAUAUUCUUUUUAUUAGUCUGAAACUGAGGUCAUUGAUUUUUUACCCACUUUUGCAAAAAGCCUGUCUAGUUUUCUGUAGUUUCAGGCAGCUUAGAGUGAUUAAAAGUUGGACUCAUCUUUGUGGCAUUACAUGUGCCACUUCCAGUUUAAUGGCGCCAUUUAAAAAUUUUAAACAGAAGGAAACACUUCAGUCCCUAUGAUAUUUUGGUAAAUGCUACUUACAGAAUGGUGAAGGUGACUAUUAACUCUAUUGGUAUAGCUUGAAGAUUUACCCAUAACUUUGUUAUCUUUCCCAUAUUUUACAUUCAGUUAUGGUUAGAUUUUAUAUUUCUUGUCUUCUUCA